AUGGCAGAUUCCAACGAAACUCGGUCGGUGGUGCCCCGAUCAACCAAGCCGCUCAGCGAAGCGUUGUUGAACGAUAAGUGGGACCGUGCCAUAUCCUCCAUGAUAAUCCGUUCCUCACUCGGUCUGUCGUUCGGUGUUAUUUUUUCAGUCCUCUUAUUCAAACGAAGAGCAUGGCCAGCAUUCGUCGGGCUAGGUUUCGGUGCCGGACGAGCAUGGGAAGAAGCAGAUGCAUCAUUCCGGCGAGGGGACCAACAGUUGUAUAAUACGCAUGCGUUCCGUCAAACAAAAUCGUAA